GCAUCCAACGGUCCUUAUUGCUUCUUGCAUCUGAACCGUGGGAUAAACUAAGAGGUGGAUACUGGAUAGCAUAGAACAAACCAAACUGAAGAGAGAACCUUGAGCUCUGUUGCGCUUCCUUCAAAUUCACCUAAAUUUUCAAGGACGUGUUAUCUAGUCCAAACUCCAAACGUUUGUGUGAAACAGAUAGAGCAGGGUCUAGUCCCAGUAGUUAAAGUUAUGGCAUCAAUUUUAUCCUUAUCUGUUGGUUAUGUUUCCUUCCCCAAAUCUCAAUCUCUGGACCCUGAGAAAAUCUCUGAUUCUUUUUCCUCUGGCAAAAACAACAGCAGGAGUGGAAGUUGUUGUGCACCAUCAUUUGAAAGAAGAAAGAUGCUUCUCUCUUCCAUCGGCAUUGUUGCUGGAACUUUGUGCAACAGUUCAGGGAGCGGAAUCACUUUGGCAGCUGAAUUUACCGAUAUGCCAGCGCUUAGAGGGAAGGAUUAUGGCAAGACAAAAAUGCGAUACCCAGACUACACUGAAACUGAAUCAGGACUCCAAUAUAAGAAUACAGGACUUGCGACCAGGGAAUGGCCCCAAACCCAAGACGGGAGAGACAGUUGUGGUAGAUUGGGAUGGCUACACCAUAGGUUAUUAUGGUCGUAUAUUUGAAGCACGUAAUAAAACCAAGGGUGGUUCCUUUGAGGGCGAUGACAAGGACUUUUUCAAAUUCAAAGUAGGUUCUAAUGAGGUAAUACCAGCUUUUGAAGAGGCUAUUUCAGGCAUGGCUCUAGGGGGAGUUAGAAGGAUAAUUGUGCCCCCGGAACUUGGAUAUCCUGAGAAUGAUUAUAAUAAGAGUGGGCCAAGACCAACAACUUUCUCGGGCCAACGAGCUUUGGACUUCGUACUGAGGAACCAAGGGUUAAUAGACAAGACUCUCUUGUUUGAUAUUGAGUUGUUGAAGAUUAUUCCAAACUAAUUGAUCAGAUUUUGAGUUGACUCUCAAAUAUCAGUCAGAACAUUGAGAACGGUAACUAAGAUUACUUCUCUUGUGCAUACUCCUUUAUGAAAAAAUGCCCACCAAGUCUAUGACUGAAACCAACUGACACACCAGACAGCCAUCACAUUCGCAUGAAAACCAGAAGUGUCACCUGUGAGGCAAACUGGGUAGGCCACAAAUAUCGUUGAUCAUUUGGCAUUCCCGCACUACUGAGAAGAAUGAAACUCCUUUACUUUUCUCUUUCUUUUGUAUGUAUGUAGCUCAUUGAUAAAACAAUAACUCAAGUGAAUAUCUAAUUCAUUUCUUUAGUAAAUGGAUUAGUUCUGCUUGAUGUGAUAUAUUGUGCAACCUUUGGAAUUUGGACUUUUGAAGUCAAAGAAUGCCUUUUUGAACUAUCAACUAUGAAGUUGGCAUGUUGUUGAUGUGUAGAAAACAAACCCGCAACACCUAGCUUCUAUUCUCAUGGCUAUAACUCAAAAUCUGUAUGAAACUAUUUUGGAUUCAA